AUGUCUUCUCCACCCAGUUCCUUGAACUUCAUGUUCGAAGAACCGUCCAGGACUAGUGAAUUGUUCCCACGCUUGCUAGAGAACGCGUAUUCAGCAUCGAAUGAUCACUCCUUCAAACCGGUCUUCAUCGACAUGGAACCCGAAGACUUGCCAUGGUUGUCUGCCGGUCAAGGAAUGAUGAACAUGGGCAUGAGUACCAAUUCAUCCCUCAACUACCAGCAGCUGACGAGGGAUCUGCUAACCGUCAUGCAACCCCGAGCGUCUUCAAGGCAGAUUCGCGAACUUGUAGAGAGUCUGCCAAAGCUUUCCGAAGAGGAAAUGGACAUUCUAGGGCAGCAUGAAUCGUCGUGCCCGAUAUGUAUGAACACGUUCCUCGCUUCUCUAGCUGAAGAAGAGCUCGCUCUCGUCAUGGACUCGCCGGCUCAUCCCGUCGAGGACUUGGGGGUGACGCGUCUGUCCAAAACAUGCGGGCAUUUCUUCUGUCGGAAAGAGUUGAGUAUCAAUGACCCCAUCGAUCUGCUUCACCCUCAUCGCAUCAUCCCCAUCCUGACUUGGAUACGUGAUGGCCACCCUUCCUGUCCCCUCUGCCGCACACCCUUCAUCAAACUGACGGAGCGCGAUGCGUCUGUCCUUGCUACAUCCGCGGAUAGAGAUAGCAACAAUGAUGAGCCGAGAUUCGACGAUGACGCACCAGACGACGAUGACGCAUAUGACCAGGCCAUGGAACGCAUUGUCGCCGCCUAUCGCGAAGAACGAAGACGUCUCCGUGCUGGCCCCGCAUUUUUCUGGCCCACCCAGCCAGAGGGUCAGGAAGGUGCUACGGGAGAUCACGAGCAUGACGAUAGGCAUGAGUUUGCAGGGAUGUAUUCAUGA